UUGUAGUAUCUUUCAUAUCGUAGUUGAAUUAAUCACCAUUUCCACUUUCACGUGCAAUUAUCAUAAUGUACAGCAGUUUCAAUUUACCGCAAGAUCAAUCUCCGGACGUACCAGACCUAAAACCUCUCGGGGAAAGUCUGCUAUACCAAAGGCGGGUAGAAUCGUACGAGAAUAUGCUCAAAGAAAAUUUCCAUGAUUACGAUGACUUAGACGGUGACGAUUUCGAAGAUUCCCAAUCUGAAGGAUCUAUUGACAAUGUUGUUGACAAAUUACACAUUCGUGAUUUGAAAGUUACGAUAGAACAAAAACAAAAGCAUCGUUUAACUGGAGGAAUGUCAUUUGAUAACAUGAUGUGCUCAAGAUGUGGGGAAGGUUUUGAGCCCCACGAAAAAAUUGUCAAUUCCACAGGAGAGCUAUGGCACCAACAGUGUUUUGUAUGCGCGCAAUGUUUCCGGCCGUUUAAAGAAGGCAUUUUUUACGAAUUCGAAAAUAGAAAGUACUGCGAGCACGAUUUUCAGGUUUUAUUUGCACCAUGCUGCGGAAAAUGUGGCGAGUUUGUUAUAGGGCGCGUGAUAAAGGCGAUGAACGCUAAUUGGCAUCCUAAUUGUUUUCGAUGCGAGAUGUGCUCCGGGGAGCUAGCCGAUUCGGGUUUCAUUCGCAAUGCUGGACGUGCCUUAUGCCAUGAGUGUAAUGCCAAAGUAAAGGCGGUUGGUUUGGGCAAAUACGUUUGUCACAAGUGCCAUGGCCUGAUUGAUGAUCAGCCUUUAAAGUUUCGAGGCGAAGUUUACCAUCCGUAUCAUUUUAUUUGCACUGCAUGCGGGGUUGAACUUGAUAGCAGUGCCCGAGAGGUUAGAAGUAGGCCCGGUUUUGCGAACAAUGACAUGAACGAGCUGUACUGUUUACGAUGCCAUGAUAAAAUGGGUAUACCUAUAUGUGGUGCUUGUCGUAGACCAAUCGAGGAGCGAGUCGUUACAGCCUUAGGAAAGCACUGGCACGUUGAGCAUUUUGUCUGUGCAAAAUGUGAAAAACCAUUCUUUGGGCACCGUCAUUAUGAGAAAAAAGGAUUGGCAUACUGUGAAACCCACUAUCAUCAACUCUUCGGUAAUCUCUGUUUUGUGUGCAAUCAAGUAAUUGCUGGAGAUGUUUUUACGGCUCUUAAUAAGGCGUGGUGUGUUCAUCACUUUGCCUGUUCUAUGUGUGAUCAAAAAAUGAAUCAGAAGACGAAGUUUUAUGAAUUCGAUUUAAAACCCGCUUGCAAGAAGUGCUAUGAGAAACUGCCCAUUGAAUUUCGUAGGCGGUUAAGACGACAACAUGAGGCAACCCCUAAGAAACUUGUUCCAGCUUAAAAAUAGGUACGCGUUUGCGAGCAUGACACAAUACCUCUCCAUGAAUGAAGAUAUAAAAAAUAGCUAAAUACUAAGUCAAUAACCAUGCUAUUUUAACAUUUGUUGUUGUAACCAAAUAACAUCUUUUAGUUAACUGUAAAACCAAUAAAUUACCUAUGGCACUAGAAAUUCUAUAACUGUUUUAUUAAAUAACAUAACAUGUAGGUUUUACAUGAGAAAGUUUUAUAUUUAUUUAUGGAAUUGUACAGCUUUACGGUCAAAUUUUUACGAGAUUUAUUAAUUACAAUCAGAUAGAAUUAGUUCAAUAGCUAGGGGCUGUCUUUCGUGUCACAAUGAAAUUAUUCCAUGGAAAUAAAUUUAUUUAUGUAGGAAAUGGGAGAUGGAUUUAACCAAAACAUGAAAGACCUGCUCUUCUGUUUCUGCGAAGUAAGAGAAUGAAUAGAAAAAUUAAUAUUUCAAUUUUGUUCAGAAAACACUACCGAUAGUAAUUUACAAUAAUUUUUCUAUUCCACUAUUCCACUGAGGACAUGUAAAGAUACACUACUGCCAGAUUUUAUUAAUUUUGUUGAAUUCUACUUAAGUAAAAAUGUGAAUUAAAAACUGCUUUUAGUAAAAUAGGCUUCAAUCUUUCAAUAUACAAGUCACAAAGGGCCGAUAUUUCUUGUCUCAGUUAAACUUAUAUAAUACUUUGGAAAGAGAUAAGUUUAACUGCAACAUGGAAGAUCGGCUAUAAGUGAGAAUAAUAAUAGCAAAUUAUUACGUUUUAUGUGUAUGUAUGCUUGUGUACUAUAAGUAACUUAUAUUCAAUUGUUUUAGGACCACUCUUUCUGUAUCCCAAAAAAAUUAUUGGUAAAAAAUAAAGGGUGCAAUAUUUUUAUGCUGUAAAUUGAGAUUUUUGUUAGUAUCAUACGUAAGGCUUCUGCCUGUGAAGUACAGCAGCAUUCUAUCUGUUUCUGAUAACUUUAGGGGGACAUGAAGGGAUUGGUCAUUAUUGUUAUAUUAUACUAAGUAACCCCUAUUUUUAAGUUUCAUUGAAUUAUCAAUGCAAGAAUUGUGUUCAACAAUCACUUUUAUUUGUAGUUAUCCUAAUGAGAGGUGUAAAAUUGGAAAGUGGGAUUUGGUCAAUCUUUAUUAUAGGCUUAUUGUAAAGGAAAUAGAAUCAAAUUAGUUCAUCCAUUGAUAAUAAAAAUGUCCUAUUUAUUUCAUGUACUGGCAGUACUGAAUAGGAUCAAACAAUUUUGUAUAUACCGAUAAUCUGUUUUUCACUUGUUUCAGACAAAUUUUACAUUAGGCAAUAACUUUUCAAUUUGAAUUCCUCAUUAUAUAUUUAGCUUCUAACAUACUAUUGUUAGUUUAUGGUAAUUACUUGACUAAUAGUUAAAUAUUUUUGUAUAUCCAUGAUGUAACAUACUUAAAAAUUG